AUGCAUCUGGUGGGUAGAACUGGCCUAGGGCAUCUGGGGGUAUCUCAGAAACCCAAGCUGGGUGCCAUAGAACUCUGGGACAGCGAAUUCUGCAUUUUCAGCACACGGCAUGAUCCAGAAGCUGCAUCACUGAGACUCCAUACCGGAACCCCACUGGGUGCAGUGCACUCUACCUCAGACACACUUGUAGCUGUAGGACUUAAGCCAGAAAACCCAUGGUGUCUGAAGAAGCUGUACCAAGAGUGGCAUACUGAGCCUUUUGUGGCAGAUGAGUAUAUUGAACGUCUUGUAUGGAGAACCCCAGGAGGAGGCUCUAGAGGGGGAGCUGAAGCUUUUGAUCCUAAAAGAUUAUUAGAAGAAUUUGUAAAUCAUAUUCAAGAACUUCAAACAAUGGAUGAAAGGAUCCAAAGAAAAGUAGAAAAACUAGAACAGCAAUGUCAGAAAGAAGCCAAGGAAUUUGCCAAGAAGGUUCAAGAACUCCAGAAAAGCAAUCAGGUUGCCUUCCAACAUUUUCAAGAACUGGAUGAGCACAUCAGUUACGUAGCAACCAAGGUCUGUCACCUGGGAGACCAACUGGAGGGGGUAAAUACACCCAGACAACGGGCAGUGGAGGCUCAGAAACUGAUGAAAUACUUUAAUGAGUUUCUAGAUGGAGAAUUGAAGUCUGAUGUUUUUACAAAUUCCGAAAAGAUAAAGGAGGCAGCAGACAUCAUUCAGAAGUUGCACUUAAUUGCCCAGGAAUUACCUUUUGAUAGGUUUUCAGAAGUAAAAUCCAAAAUUGCAAGUAAAUAUCAUGAUUUAGAAUGCCAGCUGAUUCAGGAGUUUACUAGUGCUCAAAGAAGAGGUGAGAUUUCCAGAAUGAGAGAAGUAGCUGCAGUUUUACUUCAUUUUAAGGGCUAUUCCCAUUGUGUUGACGUUUAUAUAAAGCAAUGCCAGGAGGGUGCUUACUUGAGAAAUGAUAUAUUUGAAGAUGCAGCAAUUCUCUGCCAACGGGUGAACAAACAAGUCGGAGAUAUCUUUAGUAAUCCAGAGACAGUACUGGCUAAACUUACUCAAAAUGUGUUUGAAAUCAAACUACAGAGUUCUGUGAAAGACCAGUUAGAAGAAUGUAGAAAGUUCGAUGCAGAGCAAUAUCUCAAAAAUCUCUAUGAUCUUUAUACAAGAACCACCAAUCUUUCCAGCAAGCUGAUGGAGUUUAACUUAGGUACUGAUAAACAGACUUUCUUGUCUAAGCUUAUCAAAUCCAUUUUCAUUUCCUAUUUGGAGAACUAUAUUGAGGUGGAAACUGGUUAUUUGAAAAGCAGAAGUGCUAUGAUCCUACAGCGCUAUUAUGAUUCAAAAAACCAUCAAAAGAGAUCCAUUGGCACAGGAGGUAUUCAAGAUUUGAAAGAACGAAUUCGACAGCGUACCAAUUUACCACUGGGGCCAAGUAUUGAUACUCAUGGUGAAACUUUCCUAUCCCAAGAAGUUGUGGUUAAUCUUUUACAGGAAACCAAACAAGCCUUUGAAAGAUGUCAUAGGCUCUCUGAUACUUCUGAUUUACCAAGGAAUGCCUUUAGAAUUUUUACCAUUCUUGUGGAAUUUUUAUGUAUUGAACAUAUUGAUUAUGCUUUGGAAACCGGACUUGCUGGAAUUCCUUCUUCAGAUUCUAAGAAUGCAAACCUCUAUUUUCUGGAUGUUGUGCAACAGGCCAAUACUAUUUUUCAUCUUUUUGACAAACAAUUUAAUGAUCACCUUAUGCCACUAAUAAGCUCUUCUCCUAAGUUAUCUGAAUGCCUUCAGAAGAAAAAAGAAAUAAUUGAGCAAAUGGAGAUGAAAUUGGAUACUGGCAUUGAUCGAACAUUAAAUUGUAUGAUUGGACAAAUGAAGCAUAUUUUGGCUGCAGAACAAAAGAAAACAGAUUUUAAGCCAGAAGAUGAAAACAAUGUUCUGAUUCAAUAUACUAAUGCCUGUGUUAAAGUCUGUGCUUACGUAAGAAAACAAGUGGAAAAGAUUAAGAAUUCUAUGGACGGAAAGAAUGUGGAUACAGUUUUAAUGGAACUUGGAGUACGCUUUCAUCGACUUAUUUAUGAGCAUCUUCAACAAUAUUCCUACAGUUGUAUGGGUGGCAUGUUAGCAAUUUGUGAUGUAGCUGAAUACAGGAAGUGUGCCAAAGACUUCAAGAUUCCACUGGUAUUACAGCUUUUUGAUACUCUGCAUGCACUUUGCAAUCUUCUAGUAGUUGCCCCAGAUAAUUUAAAGCAAGUCUGCUCAGGAGAACAACUUGCUAAUCUGGACAAGAACAUACUUCACUCCUUUGUACAACUUCGUGCUGACUAUAGAUCAGCCCGCCUUGCUCGACAUUUCAGCUGAGAUUGAAUUUACAAGGGAAAUGUGUUGUACUUUGACACAGGCCUCAUUGGCAGAAAGCACAGGAGAUUCCUUGUGAUAACAGCCAACAUUUUAUGGAAAAAUGACUAUUUGGAAACAAACAGCAGCCAUACUUACCCUUGAGAUUUUAUUUGAAAUUUAGACUCCACUAACCUUAUUUCUCCUUUUCCCUUUAAGUUAAAUUUUUAUUCCAUCCUUGAACUUAAAAACUUUUAAUUCUGUGAAACUUCAUGUCACUGUUUGCCUCCUGGAAAAACGUUGGUAUCAGAAGACAAAUGACGCAUUACUAAUGUUUGUUUCUUCUCUAACAUAUUCUAUUUGGAAAUAUCACCAUCCCAUUUUGCAUUAAUAAUGGCUGAAGUACAGCAAAAUGAUUUUUUUUAAUCAAAUUUUUAAAGACCUUUUCAGCACUAGUAAUUGGUAAUCAAUUUAUUUUAGGAUUUCUAAAGAAUAUUUUGCCUCUUUCAAAGGGUUAACGAUUUCACAUAAUUUCUCUAGUUGGUUGGUUGAAUUUUUCUGGGGUAAAACAAAAAUAUUGUCCCAAGAAAAUGUUAUAAAUAAAUGAAACUAAAAUGAUGACAUAUUUUAUGUAGAUAUUUAGGAAUGUAUCCGAAUACAGCUGGUUUCUGGAUAAAACAACAAAAGUUUGCUAUUUCUUAUUUGGUAAACAGAUUUUAAGCCAACUUUUAAAGGAAAGAAAGAAAACUACCUUAUUUUAUAUUUCACUGAAGUUAAGACAUUAGUUAAAGGACCGUAUACCUUAUUCUAAUAUUACCAGGAAUUUAAAGGGAGAAGUAUGGUCUAAGUAGGAAGAGAAAUACUGGCAGUGCUUAGCAACAAUGCAGUCCUUUAAGAUUUCUGUCUUAAUGCUAAGCUUGCAUAAGAUGGGGUGGAUAAACCUGCACAUAAUUAGAAUUGAUAACAUUUGUUUAGAGAUGAUCUUUGAAAAAUCAGUUCCUUUUCAUAUAUAUAAUUUCUGUCAUUUGUCUUUCACAAGGCAUUUCUGAAGUGAUUCUUAUUGGGUAUUAAUAUAAUGACAGAAUAAAUCAUUUAAACCAAAUUGUAAACAUCCUGUGGAAAUUUGGAAAUGCUGCGAUUCUAUAAACUCCAUAAACUUGUGCUGCAAGAAUGCAUUCCAAACUCCAUGUAGUGUUUCAGUUUCCAUUGUAUUCUUGUUCAUAGUCUUCUGGGGACACAAACUUUAAUAUCACACUCAUUCUAUUGACACCCCCCCCCCUUUAUUUUAAUGUAGGCUUUUUUGUCUAAUUCUGAACAACUGCCUUUUUUUCCCUGAGAAUCUAUUUAUGAAUGGUCGUCUACUUUAUGAAACUUCCAGGUCCAGAGCUACCUACCAUUUUUAUGUUACUGUCAAAUGAAUUUUCUUCAUUUUCUGUUUAACCCAGUGUUAUCAAGGUAGGCAAGGAAAAUGAAGUAUGCCAACGUUUGUCAGAGCAUCCGAGGAAACCAUGGCAGCUUUUGAACUAAGCUGUUAGUACUUCUCUAUUCCUUAGCAAAGAGAGCUAAAGCAGGUUUGGAUGCUAAAGAAAGUCAUACUUAAUCAUUGAUGCCAUUUUAGAAAGUACUGGUGUGAAUCAAAUUAUACCUCUGCUACCUAAAGCCAAUUUUAAGGCAGUAGUUUUACUGGCCAUUUGAACUCUUUGUAACAAACACUGUGUCAAUUUGUUUUUUUUUUAAAAAAAAUCUCAAAUAAAAUAUGUCAACAUUUUAAAACUUCCAGUCAGAGCAGCAAUUCAAGUUCUGUUUGGGUUUGUUUUUAGAAUGUAGUGUAUAUACUGUUGCAUAGAUGUUUGCGUUAAUUAUUUUCAUGCUUGAGUUCCGUGCAAUAUUUUUCAUAUGUCCACUGUCAGGGCAGUGAUAAAGAGAACUCGUAAGUGAAUUUUUAAUUUAGAAGUGUUAACCACAAUUACUCAAUAAAUAAAUUCCCUCUA